CGGAGGCUCACGAGGCACAAGGGAGCAGCAACGCCCCAGAUCGCUUUGUUUUACACUGUCACUCUGCACAAUCGUAUACCUCAACAACCCCCCAACCCCCAACCAAGGAAUAGGACGCUGAAUCGGGGCCGGGGGUACUGAACUAGGGGACAGGCCAGUCCAAGGGCGCAUGCGUACACCACACGAUUUCCGAAAGGGAAAAAGAGAGCGGGUCAAGUUGGGCGAAGGAAAGAUGGCGGAGGCGUCACUAGAGGACCCGGAAGCACUUACCCUCCACUUCCUCCUCCUGUUUGGCUUCUGUCUCACCUAGAGCCGUCCGGUCGCAGAGUGUCUCCGAGACGCUUCCUGUCCGGAUCACCAUGAUUCUUCAGAGACUCUUCAGGUUGUCCUCUCUUGUUCAGUCUGCAAUCUCAGUCUCUCUGAGGAGGAACAUUGGUGUCACAGCAGUGGCGUUUAAUAAGGAGCUUGAUCCUGUGCAGAAACUCUUCGUGGACAAGAUUAGAGAAUAUAGAACUAAGCGCCAGACAUCUGGAGGACCUGUUGAUGCUGGCCCAGAGUAUCAGCAAGACCUUGACCGGGAGCUUUUUAAGCUUAAACAAAUGUAUGGUAAAGCAGACAUGAAUACAUUCCCUAACUUCACGUUUGAAGAUCCCAAGUUCGAAGUUGUUGAGAAACCCCAGUCUUGAAGAAGUAAUGUAAAAUUGAUCUGGUAAUUUGUCCUAGUUGAGUUGUACAGCUACCCAGAAGUAACAGAAUAAACACACAUUUCACAGCUGUCAAAUGUUCUUUUAAUUCUGAUUUCAAAUAAAUUAUUUGGUGAUGUUAGGUAUA